AUGUAUCCUCAUCCCAUGAACAUUUGUGCGGUCAUUGCUGUCCAUCUAGUAAUUGUUGGUGCGCAUGAUGUGUCACCUAACGGCAUCACCAAGUCAGCUCCUGCACUUCAACUUGGUGAAGGAACUAAGCACUUGAGGACUCACAGGUCCACACAAGAUAAUGAAGAGGAGCGAGGUAACAAUGAUAUUGCUACUGAAAUGAGCUCGAUGGCGGAGGGGGUCAUAAGUGCCUCAUCACCAGGGAAGGAAGCCUUGGAUCAGAUUAAUGAGUGGUUGUUUGCUGACAAACAUGACGGGAAGGCGGUAGACGAGGAAAUUUUGGACGCCUACGAAGAAAAGUUGAAAAAAGAAUUAAGCGAUUCCCCCACGCUCGCUGAGUUCUCUCAGCCCACCCUCGCUGAGUCCUCUCAGCGCACGCUUGCUGAACCCGUUCACGCUACGGUCGCUGAACCCCUUAUAACUCGAUUUGAAGACAAGGGUCCGGCUGAGUUCGAUGAAGUACAGCAUGUUCCAAAUGUAAUAAUCGGUCAACAUCAAUAUCCAGUUUGGCUAGCUGAGGCGUUCGUCCACCCCACCAUAUUCUUAUAUUAUUUGAAACUUAAUGAAGCAGGGGAAAAUUUUCUUGGAUAUGUGGGAAUGUUCGAGUGGAUUAAAUACGUAGAAUUCUAUAACGACAUGCCGACCAAGAAAUCGACAACUGUAAUUGCUGCAUUGAAGAAGGGGGGUUCGAAGAAAAACUUUGGAAAAUAUGGUUUUUUCAUGGAAACAGCGCCAAGAAAGCAUCAUACAGGAAGCGAAAAAGGACAAGAAAAAUUGGUAAUUAUAGGAAAAAAAGCUGCUUACUCGACAAAAUAG